UUUAGAUACGACACGAACUGCAGAUAAUACAAGAAUAAAUAUAUAAGAAAUUAAAUGAUUUCAAUAAAACCUUCUUCGUCGAGUGCAUUCACAUCUAUAACGACCGAAAUGGAGAAAUUGUUUAUAUUUUUCUGUUUUGCAACAUUUCAAAUUCCAGAUGUCAUUUCGCAAUGUCUGAACCGCCAACCCCAAAACAUCGUAUUCAACAGGCAAAUGCCAGAAACAAUAAUCGAAGCACCGCUCAAUAACCCUUUAUCGUAUCAACAAACUCUGAUAGAAAAUCCUAAUAUGCCAAUAUUACCCCAACUCGUAUCACCAGCUCCCACCACAAUAAUUACAGAUUGUACGCCAUCCGUGUGCCAGAACUUGGUAAAUACGCUGCAACUGAUGAUAGUGAGUAAUUUGCUCAAAAAUACGAAAGGUGGUUCAGAAUUAGCGGCUCAACUGGCAUCACCGAUUAUUGGAGAAGCGCUUUCAUCGCCGGCGUUUUCGUGCGGUUGCCCUGAAAGAUAUUUUCCCAAUACUGUUCCUAAUAUCAUUUCGCCUGGUAUAAAUUUUCCUAAUUUAUAUCCAGGUCUCAUAAAUUCUAACCUAAUACCUGGAACUUCUGUACUUUCAGGCCCAGGUGUUGCUAAUGUCAACAAUAACGCUUUAAUUGGAAAUAUUCUCGGUAUGUUAGGUAAUUGAUCGUUUUAAUAUUUAAGUUAUUAUUAUUUAAUAAAUUAUUGAGUAUUUUGUA